AUGGCGUGCUAUGCUUCUGUGAAAGCAAUAGAAUCCAAAUCUCCAGAAGAUGAUCAGCAGUGGCUUACCUACUGGGUGCUUGGUGCCACAUUUAUUUAUGAGAAUUUUGUGAGACCUAUGGUUUUGAAUCAACAGACCUUGAUCCUUUGGUCUCUCUCUUCAAAAAGUGGCACCUUUGGCAAGCCAGAUGACGUUCUAUUAGCCGCUGAGAAAUUUAUUGAGCAAAAUGGAACAGAAGCAUUUGAAAAACUUAUAAGCAAGGCUGGAGGCUUGUCCAAUCCCAAGAAGAACAUGCAUGCAACAUUUCACGACGACAGAGAUGACAGAGAGGAAAAUGAGUCUUGGAAGAUGAACAGGUUGGCUUGGGAAUCCAGCUUUCGAACAAGCAGCAGUUUUAUGAUUUUUGAUGACGAUGCUAAUAGACGCUGGAAUUAG